CAAUUUGAUUGAUCAUUAAUUAUGUAAAUUUAGCGUGCGAUUAGGAAAAAAAGUUCACGAGUUUCAAUAGAUUCCUAAUUAUAAUUUUACACUUGAGAAUUUCCGGUGUAUAGAAACUAGACCGAGAUCUAAUACAUAUAAAUUAGCAAGAAUCGCAUAGAAAACGGUGCAUUAUGACACGCUCGAAGUAAUCGGGUUUAAUAAAUGCUCGUUUAAUUUAAUCAUCAAUUGCUUAGAAGAUUCAUAGCGUCGUUAGGUAUUUUAUUAUCGUUUAAAAUCACGUGACAAUAAUCGAGCUUAUUUGAAGAUAUCGUUAAACCUAAUCAUCGAGUACUGACAUUUUUUGUUAAAGUAGUAUUCUUUUUAUACACGAUCCGUAACGAUAGCGGUGUUUCCGCUGUAUGGAAAUUAAUCCAUAUAGGAAUCGUUUCUUUACACGCCUACGGGUUACAUUCACGCGGUGCUUUUAGGCUGGGUAUGAGGAAUACGGUCAACUCUGAAACGGUGAAGGAAUGCCAGAUUCCCCUACCAUUCUUCGCAUACUCGUUCCACUCCUGUCCCCGGCCCUCGGUAAAUCCCCACCUCGUGCAGAAGCACCUGUUGCGCAGCUACCUGUUUUACUCGAUCCAUGGGUCCGUUCUCUCUCUUUCUUUCUCGGUUUUCUUCUUUUUUUCUCUUAGUACUGUGCACGGUGUCACAGCAGUAGGACGGUCUCCGAUCGUGGUAGUGAUUCUUCGGUAAAGGGCAACGACUCGCCAAGUGAAAAUAAUGUCUCCUUAUGCACAUCGAAUGGAGUCACGGUGAACAGUGCGUACCACGGUUCGUUUGAAGGUUUAACACGGAUAUUCCAGUGAGAAGAAACGCGGAUAAGUUGCAACGAUCAGGUUGGAAAUGCAUCGAAGGAGAAUUUAAGAAGGAGCAAUGGAGGACGAGCCACGGGAUACCUGUUUCGGGGCAGGAAGCGUGGCAGGGGCUGUGAUCGGUACUUUCCUUACAACAAUUCUCCUGCUGCUCGUUGCUGCGCUCCUUUACAAACAGUGGCGUAGACACAAGGGAAAACACUUGGUACUGGUGACAGACCCAGAAAUCGUCGAGGAGGCAUAUGCGUUCGACAAUCCUUGUUUCAAGGAUGUCACAACAUCUCCAACUAACCGAACACGAGAAGGGGCGAUAUCUAUGACAUCUGGGGAUACCCCAGGUAAAGAUUCUGCACGAUGGUCUACUUCUUGGACAUCCUUGGGACUUGGUUCAACUAACCGCAAUGAUAAGCGAAAAACUCUCGACGAUUCCUGUCUCGGACCAAAAGCUACAAGAAUCAGCGAAGUUAACUUGAAAAGCCGAGAUUUCACAGGACUGGGAUUUAAUAUUUGUGGUAAUAUGAGAGAAGGAAUUUUCGUUAAAGAUCUCUUACAUCGUGGACCUGCAUCAGAAUCUGGGAAAAUACAUCCUGGUGACCGCAUAGCCAGUGUGAAAAUUAGUUUUCGAAAUAUGGUGUACGAAGACGCAUUAACGAUCUUAAGUUACGCUUCGCCAUAUGACGUAAAGCUUGAAGUAGAAAGCGGUGGGAUUGGAUCAAAACCGACCACUCUUUUGAAGAAAAGCGUUGGUCCAAGCGCAGCAAGAAUUUGCCACCCUUUGUAUAGAAGUCAAUCAAUCCCAGAACUCUCCCAAUCAAAGAGCGUUGCAAAAAGAUUAUUCAUAGUAGACCCAAACGAAUCCAUCAGUUCCAAUUACUCAACUAUGAAUUCAACCUUAAAAUCUUCCAAAUCUACACCUGGCAAACAACCAUUUGAGAAACGGCACGAAGAGUCAAAAAGCAAUCACCAUAAAUUUGGUAUCAAGGUUCUACCUGCUCUGGACGGAACUGUUCAUCGCAUUGAAAAUCAAAAUGAGCAUAAUACAAACCUAGAAAGAAGACACUCAAAGAAGUUAGACAAAGAAAAAUAUUUAUCCAACACAAGUAAAAGCGAUAAAAAGGAAGAAGCUCAACGACAACAAAAUUCCCAAGUAUUAAGUAGACCCAAGGAGAAAACGGAUCUUUUUGAUAUGUGCAGUGUAGACACAUUAGAUAAAGGUAAAAAAAGUGGAGAUGCUACAAUUCAUAUUCCACAGGAAGUACCUGCGGAAGUGCACAAUGCAGCCAUGGCUGCUCGAAGGAACAGAAAAAACAGUUCUGAACUGUUGAAUGCUCAAAAAGACAUUGAGUCAGUAGAAACUGAAGAUUCAAAGAAUCAGCAGAAAAAUAAAAGAAAAGCUCCACCACCUCCAACAAGCAAUUUGGAGGCUGAACAAAUUACAGUGAAGAAGGAUUCUGUUAUAAAGAAAGAGUAUGAAAUUAAUAGCAUCAGCGAUUUCACAGAAUCUUUAUCAGAUUAUGUAAACAAAGUACGUGAAAAUACAGAAACACAUGGAGAACAAAAAAUGGAGACCUUGAUAAUCGAUGGAAGACAUUCUGAAUCUGACACUGAUAGUGAAAUACAGAAUAGCUUUACGACCAUUGAAUUAAAUUCUACUAACAUUACUAUUCAUCAGACACCUGUACCUGAGACGAACGACGACGAAGAUGACGAAGAUGAUGUUUAUAGAAAGGCGGCAAGUUUAGGAGAUCUGUCCAAGUACGAAUGCAAGACAUCAGCAACUCUUGAAAGAGCACAAAGCCUUGACAUGACGGACACAGGCACAAAAAAGCGCAAAGCACCUCUUCCACCGGAAGAUAUCAAUGAGUCUACAGAAGAUCUAACUAAACUUGAUCAAAUGGACACCUUUGAUAGACGGUUGCUAAAAAAAUCUAACGAAUGGGGUACCCUAGAGAACGUUUGGCGUAAGAAACAAGACGGAGAAGAAAAAUCAAAGAAAUCAAGAGUUAGAAAGAAAAGCAACGAACGACCCAAAUCUUCUGUAGAAAUUCAAUUAAAAGAUGACACCUCUGAUGAAAAAAAAGAUGAUGAAACUAGCAUUGAACUCUACAAUCUUCCUCUAAGUAAACGACUUACAGAAGAAUUUAUUCAUACCGAGAGAAUGUUCAAUCCAGAUGAAGACAAUUCAUUGGCUAGAAUCGUUAAUGAUGGUACUGUCAUCAAAAGUCCUACUUUGGAAGAACUAGAAUUACAGUUCAAACAGGAAGCAUCCUUACCUGAAGACCUUAAUAAUGAUAGUAUACCAGUGGAUCAACAGUUAUCAGAUGAAGAUGAUAAAGUAAUAAAUACAGAGUUCAGUAAAGUUUUGAAGCAUUUUGAAAUGUCUUCAGAGAAACCUUCAACCUUCCCAGAAUCUUCUAAGCAUGAAUUAUCGAAUAGUAAAAUUUCAUAUGUGGGUAAGAAAAUGGUUGAGGAAGAACCUAUGACAAAGAUUCACGUCACAAGAGUAUGUCCUGCGUGCGAGGAUAAUGGAAAUCGUCAUGACAAUUGUCAGAAAAGAUCUUAUUCUACGAAAAGAUCAUCAACACCAAUACCUUUGCAAGAUUCAGACUCGAUGAAAGGCAACAACGAGGAAGAAUCAAACCCGAUGUCCUACACUUCUGGUGCAACUUUGAAAGAUGAAGAAAGAUUGAAGUCCAGACGAGUGAUCGAAAUUUCCACUAAUCAGAGAAUAAAUAGGGAGAACGAUGAAGAUGAGGACGAGUACGAGUUUGGUUCUGGUGUGACGAUAAGCAAUAAAAGUUUGUUCGAUCGCGAAGACCGGCGCAAUAUAAAUAAUAUCAGUGUGUCCAGUGGUGAGAACAGUGAGGACAGCGGGUUGGUUGGCGAGUCGAUGGAUUACAAUACGCAGGACUUUGAUCAUCGACCUCCGUUACCUAGCACACCGAUGCCGCAAAAGAUGACUUACAUCACGGAAAUCAAACUCUCUGCUAAUGGUGGAAAGCUACAAGAGGAUGGGAACGACGAAACGAAAGAAAGUAAAGAGAACAGGUUGGCGCAGAAUGAAUUGAAAACGGUUUCAAACGGUAAGGCUGCUUCUAAGAAGCCUCCUGUUCCUCCUAGGCGAACCGACAUUAUGAAAUCCAAUAAAAAAGGAAAUGUUGAGAAACAAGUUAUUUAUGUUUCUGAAUAUAAAUCAAACGAAGCUAAAGAAUCAGAUGGUUCAGACGUGAGUCAAGAGAUCAAACAAUCGGAUGCUAGCCCACAAAAACAUGAUCAGUGGACGCAUUUGGAGGAAAAACAACAGAAUCGAUGAGAAUGAUCUACCAGUGAAUUAGAAGUAAUCAGUAAUGCUUUCAGAUAUUUAAUGUAUGAUUCUUUAAUGCAUCUUUUUACCACUGGAAUAACGAUGAGUGUCAUAAAAUGAGUAAGUUCAAUUAUGACAAACUAUUAAGUUGUUGCAUACUGAAUGGUUCGUUUUAAGAUAUUUCAGGUGCAUUGGUGUAACAUAACUAGAAUUUUAGAAUUGUAGAAUGUUGGGAUUCUAGAAUUUUAGGAGCUCCAAAUUCAAUAAUUUUGGUAUUUUAGAAUUUAGCUCUAUCUAGUUACACCAAUGUUCAGGUGUAAGCCAUGUUCAAUAUGAAAAUAUUACCAGUACAGGAAUAAAAUAUUUCUUAUAUUCUGGAUAUUUGCUAAUGGAUAAUACUAAGCUGUAAAGCUGUUUAUAUGAAGCAUUUUUCAUUAAAUUUUAAACUUAAGAUUGAUAUGCCAGUAACAAAAUUACCCAUCUAUCUGGGUUAUUCAUAAAGGUAGGGUUAUGAAACUAAGAUUGUUAUAUACAAUCAGAUUAUAAUGUAAUUUAUACUGUUGGUGACUUUUAUGUAAGGGAGUGUUCAAUAGGAAAAUAUUUCCUAUACUUUUUAAUCUUACAUUUAUGAAUAACCUAGACAACAUUGUGUGGAUUGUAUGUAAACAGCUAUGUAGUUAAUAUAGUAUUUGAUAUUGGUACUAAAAUAGAAUGAUUUUAAUAAUUUUUUAGUAUGAUGUCAGGUGCAUAAUUCUGAACAAUUUAUCAAAUAAGCUCCAUUUUUAUGUAAUUAAAUCCUACUAAAUUUUCGAUGUUUCAAAAUUGGUCAUAUGCAACAACUUAAUACAAAUCAAUAUCAUAUUAUUCAUCAUUAACUGUAAAGAAAUCUUCAAGGAAAAGAAUAUUAGAACCAGCAAUAGAAAUUUUAAUAUUAUGAAAUUAAAGAACAAUUAUAACAUACUGUACUUAACCUUUGUCGCAUGGAUGAAGCAGAUGUCGAUCGCUAUUUGUAUUAUGCUCAGCUUGAAUAGAUCUGCUCUUAAACUAGUCGAAAGAAAAAAAAAAACAAAUUUUAUUUAGUAUCUUCACUGAUUCUCUGAAAAGACUGGCUCUUGUUUAAAAACACGUUUUGUUCAAUCUUUUGAUAAAGGUGUUUGUUGUUGUAAGUAAAGUGUAUUUAUUUUACAAC